UGCGAAAUAUAGUGACAAUGACACUUUAAUUUUAGCGAUAAAAAACUUUGCUAUAAAGUAUUUUUUUGGUAUAAAUUGGAACUUGUGUGCAGACAUUGGAUUCAACAUUUCAUAAAUGUAAUAAUUAUGUAAUUCCACAAUUAUUUCUGUAACUAGGAUUGCUUGUAAGGCCUGAAUUUUUAGACACGACUCCAUUUAGAAAAAAUGAAAUUCAAUUCUAUAGAAAAAGAGAUUUUGAAAUAUCUUCCUUUGUACUCAUAGUUGCUGGUAAUUCUGAAGACGGAAUUUCCAAAUCAACCCUAAACUUUUGGUAGUGGUGGGACAAAUAGGCUUUAAAUGACUAAUAUUUUUAUUUUCUAUUUUACGUUAACAACACCACCGCUAACAUUUUUUAAUUCAUACUUUGAAUUUUGCUAUUUUUACUAAAAUUUUUAAAACAAACCGAGAUAAAAACGGAAUACUAGUAUUGUGCCUCCAGGUAGUCUCCAUAUCUUGAGUCACUACCCAAAAAGCUUUAUUCCACUGUAGACGUGAUCCGAUCAGUAUGAAAACUUCCAGUUUUUGUGCGUUUUUUCUGAGUGCUUUUUUUACAACUGCGACACAAGGUCGAAUUCAGAUUAAUUCUUGUCGCAGUUCCCGAGGUGGCACUUGCAUAGACGUUUGGAAAUGUCCAUAUUACGUAAAUUUGCUAAAUUCAAAGCCACGUCCUCCGACUCUCAUUCCAAAAAUGAAACAAAAUCUUUGCGGCUUCGUGAAUCGUGAGACCCCGAAAGUUUGUUGUAGACAGUUAGACCGUGGUGUGGUUUCUGGUGGAGAUUUUAUAACUAGUCAUGAAAAUUUCCAUUUGCUGCCUGUUGAUAGUUGUGGACCCAUUUCCCAUAGCACGCGAAUAACUGAAGGAGGACGGACAAGUCCACGAGAGUUUCCCUGGAUGGCGUUAAUUGCGUACAAAACAGGAGAUUCCGCUGAAGAUGGGGAUUUUAAGUGUGGUGGCAGUUUAAUUAACGAGAGAUAUGUCCUGACUGCUGCACACUGCCUGGAUGAAACUUCUGUAUUGGGAAUUCGAUUGGGCGAAUACGACAUUCAGACAGAAAAGGAUUGUGACCCCAGGGGCCAAAAUUGUGAACCUCCUGUACAAGAUAUCCUAAUCGACAAAAUAAUAAUACACAAUGGGUAUAAUCCCUCAACUUAUUCGCACGAUAUAGGGUUGAUUAGACUCGCAACUCCUGCUAAUCUCAACUUAGACAAUGUAAAGCCAAUUUGCUUGCCCUACGGAACUCUCCUAAACGUCAAUCUUGUAGGAAAAUUUUUAACCGUGACCGGUUGGGGAGUUACAGAAACAGGUCAUAAAAGUAUGGUCCUAAACAAGGCUUCAAUUCCCAUCGUGCCUUUGAAAGAGUGUAAGAAACUCUAUGGUAAAUUUAAGCCAAUUUCAAAAGGACAAAUUUGUGCCGGGGGUUACAAAGGACGAGAUUCCUGUUCCGGUGAUAGUGGAGGUCCUUUACAGUAUAUCACUUCUGUGGGAAACACCCAACGCUAUGUUCAGGAUGGUAUAGUGUCCUAUGGACCAUCGCAAUGUGGGAUUGAUGGUCGGCCAGCGAUUUACACCGACAUAAAAGAAUAUAUGUCAUGGAUUUUGGACAAUAUUGAGCCAUAGUGUAAAUAUAUACGUAUUUAUUUAUCAAAAACUGUCUUAAAAAUGUGAUAUUGUACUGUGUUUCCUUAUAUUCAGAGUAGACUAGUUCCCGUAUGAAAAACAUUAACGAUUAUUUGUUAUUAAUAAAGUACAGCACCAAAUGUAAAAAUUUGCUGUUUUAGUUCAAAUCCAAUUGUACCUGAGCAAAUAUAGCUAUUAAAUUUUCAUAAAUGUUCUUUUCUUAAUAACAACUAGUACCAGUAGGUGAAGGUUUUUAUGGCAUGUACGUUAUUUGUAAUUAUAAAAUAAUAAAACAAAAACUGUUUUACUUAACAAUAAAA